AUGUGCUACGGGACCCUUCAGUACUCAUGUUGCCACACCCAAACGACACGGCUCACCUGCCGCAAAACUUGGCGGAAGAGAACGGGAUGGUUGUGCUAUGCAAUCGUGACCUUCAUAUGCGGUGUAGGCCCUGAUGAGCCGUGCGAUGAGGUCCGCGGAGACAAGCACUGGUGGGUCACGCGCAGUUGCCCGGAUUGCCGCGCGGCCGAGGAGGCCGGCACUCAAACUAAGGGCCGUGUGCACGAUCGUUACGCCAGCAAGCUAACACCGGAGGACCUCCGUCGCUCACGACGCCGCAAGGAGGAAGAGGACCGGCAGAAGGAUUUGGAACGGAAGGCGUAUAGAGACGAUAGGAUCGAGAUGCAGAAGAUUAAACGAGCCGAUCAGGGGUAUGACAGAAACGCUCCUCUACCUGCAAUGCCAUCAUUCGCCCACGUUUCGCUUGGUGAUAGAUCGGGACAGCCGUUGCAUCGCCUUCCGCAGCAAGGAGCGAACAAGUCCCCUUCUGCCUCGUCACAACAAAAAUCACCACUGAACAUCCCACACGACGAGCAACAGGAUGCCAACACCAAUGGAUAUACUAGAUCAAGGAAGAUGCAGGCCAUCUCAAAUGACAAACCUGUAGACGUGGAUCAUAGGUCCAAAAGAGAACGAAGGGUUGGUGGAUAUGGUGGAUUUGACUUGAGCCCAUAUGGACACGACCAAAUGCGACGAAACACCUUGAAAGUACACGACGAUGGCCGAAACCCAUACCGGCCUUACGAGAAAGAUAUGUCACCGAGAAAUUUGACCCCUCCUAAAUCUACUCCUGAAGCAGCUUCUCCAUCGUCAACUGGGCAACGUCAACGCUUUACAGACAGAAGAGAUCAAAACCUUAAGCCCCUGAGAAUGCUCCAGUUACCAGGCUCCCUGGCUGGUCAAACGCCAGUAAAUCAGACUCCCAAAUAUUCAGGCGAACGAAAUGGUGGUGUUGAAAGACUUCUCGACUCAGCCACACGUGCCAGUGUUCGCACAGAGUCCAUGGUGUCGGACUCUGACUCGUUUGUUUGUCAAGACGCUCGCGCCGUGGAGCGUGGCCGGUGA